CUUUAGGGGGCGGUGCUCAUCUCCAUUUCAAAGCCAAAGAGCCAGCGCUGUCCGAAGAUGUCUCCGUGGUCAUGUGGCUGGCAUGACUCAACACCAAAGGCGCAUGGAACGCUGUUACCUUCCCACCAAAGGUGGUCCCUAUUUUUUCUACUUGCAUUUUUACGUGCUUUCGAAACUGUUAGGUUGGCAAAAGCUGGGAUAAGUAACGGGAGCUCACCCCGUUACACGGCAGCACUAGGGAUUCGAACUGCUGAGCUGCCGACCUUUUGAUUGACAAGCUCAACGUCCUAGCUCCUGAGCCACCGCGUCCCUUCCAGGUAGAAGUUGUUUGUGGACCAAAGUAUCUCAUACGUAAGGAAGGCUAGCUGGUGUACUGAGAUUUGUCCAGGGCAAAAUAAGUCCGGUGGAGAUCCAUUGGCCCGUUUCAUAUCCUCGGUCUUGGAGAUCCAAGCAGCUGUUGGCAUCCUUUGUAUCUGGAUUACAGAAUAGAGGAAAAAAUGGAGGUACAACACCCAUUAGAUGCAGAAGCUGGACAAAGCCCUCUUGCUGAUCAGUUUGGGAGCUAUGUGGAGGUCAGGAUAAAAACUGAACCAGAGGAUGAAGAGAAAGAGUCUAUUAGCUCGGAGGUCCAGCGUCAAAACUUCAGGAAGGUGUAUUACCAGGAGGCUGAGGGUCCCCGAGGACUUUGCAGCCGACUCCAUCGCCUUUGCCAUCAGUGGUUGAAGCCAGAAAGACAUACAAAGGCACAGAUGCUGGACUUGAUUCUUCUGGAGCAGCUCCUGACUCUCCUGCCCCCAGAGAUGGAGGGCUGGGUGCGGGAAUGUGGAGCAGAGACCAGCUCCCAGGCGGUGGCCCUGGCGGAAGGCUUCCUCCUGAGCCAGAAGGAGGAGAAGAAAGAGGAGGUUGAGCUGCAGGUCCAAAGACCUCUCUCAGAGGCCAUUCCUCAAUAUCUGAAUGGAAAAAGCAACCCCUUAAAUCUUUCCCAGGAAGUGCUUAUAUGGACGAUCCCCCAGGGAAGUCCAAGUUUGUUGAUCUUACCAGAGAAUAUCAUGAAGUCAUUGGUAUUCAUCGGGCUCGCUCCCAUUUCUGGUGAACCCCAAAAAACAGCUAAGGCUCCAGUUCAGGGUCUCGUGACCUUUGAAGACGUCGCUGUGUAUUUCUCCGCGGAGGAAUGGUCUCAACUGGAUCCUGAACAAAAAGCCCUUCAUAAAGAGGUCAUGCUGGAGAACUCCAGAAAUGUGGCUUCCCUGGCUGCCCUUAACAGGAUGAAAAGGCAACAGAAUUUUUCAGUAAGAAUCAAUAAGAAACCAACAUUGGAAUCAGUUGUAUCAGAAUUGGCCGUGGAUGAUAGAAAACAAGCACAACCACAACCACUCCAGCCACUCCAACUUGGAGAAAGCAGCCCGUCAGUUAUUGAAAUAAAUAACGAUACCUCCAAAAUUGAAAACAGUCUUCCUGAAUGCUGGACACUGCAACAAUAUAACAAUUUUAAAGGAAAAUAUGACGGAUUGGAAAUUUCUAACAAAAAGUUAGGUUGCCAGUAUUGUGCAAAACAUGAUUUCCAAAAAAUGAAUAGUCAUGUGUCAAAAGAAUGGAAAUAUUUUCAGAUUGAGGCAGCAGGGAGAAGUAGAGAUGUAAAACAAGCUUCUCUAAGGAAAAAAAUGAAAGAACAUUUUUCAUCAAAAGCUCAUAAUAUUUGUAAAGAGAAAAUAAAACAAUAUGAGCAGGCUUCAGUAGCAAAAUGUAAGAUGAAUGAAAGACAUAUACAAACUACUUGUAGAGUAUUUAAUACAGUUUAUAGCCUGGCACAAAGAUGUAAAUCGUUUUCAGACAUAGAAGAUGAGAUAGAAAUGCAAAUUAAAAGUGGAUUAGAUAUGGGAAUAGGACUACAUUCGUGUAAAACUGCAGUGAAAAUAGUAGAUUUCAUUGCAAAAGAAAUUAAAAAACAAUUAUUUACUAAAAUUAUUGAAAAUAAUCUGAAAAUAUGCUUGAUUAUAGAUGAAGCCUCAACAAUAUCGUGCAAACCAGUUGUCCUACUUUUCGUAAAAGUUGAGGAUUCAGUUACGUCACCAACGAUCUUCCUUGAGCUGGUUGAAUUGGAAAAACAAGAUGCAAAGGCAAUAUAUUCUUCAGUUAUGCAAAGUUUAAAUAAUGUUGGGCUUACUAAGAACUAUCUAAAAAAAAACUUAAUAGGAUUUUGCUCCGAUGGUGCCAGCGUUAUGCUUGGGAGAAAAUCUGGAGUGAGCACGAGGAUAGCAAAAGAGUUUCCAAACAUAGUAAUGUGGCACUGUUUAAGUCAUCGCCUCCAACUUGUGUUAGACGAUUCGAUAAAGGACAUAAAGCAAGUAAAUAAUUUUAAAAUAUUUAUUGAUAAGAUAUAUACUAUUUUUCAUCAAUCCAAUAAGAAGCAAAUUGAACUUACCAAAAUAUCCGAACAACUUGGAAUUGAAAUUAUAAAAAUUGGUAGUAUUUUGGGACCAAGAUGGGCUGCCUGUAGUUUAAGGUCAACCCUAGCUGUGUGGCAUGCUUAUCCAGCGCUACAUCACUGUUUUUGUUCAAAUGAAAAGUACCUAGGUAUGGCUGCCCGCCUUGAAAAUAUAUAUUUUAUAACUGAUUUGGCAUUGAUGAUUGAUAUUCUACAAGAAAUUUCUCUUCUUUCGAAUGCACUGCAAGCAAAACAUGUAGACAUAAUAAAGGCUGAAGAACUUGUGGUAAGAUCUAUUAAAGCAUUUCAAAUGCUUCGAAAGGAAAAGGGUCCAUAUGAAAAAAAAGUCGAUGGAUUAAUUACUUCAGAAACCUUCAAAAACAUAAAAUUUGUAAAAAAUCAUCAAUUUGUUGGGCUUCCUCGGGAAAGACUUUUAGAAAACAUCGUAAUGAAUUUGAAGAAAAGACUAAUGGAUUGUGAACAUUUAAAAACAGAUUGUAGCCAAUUUCAAGACAGGAAUAAAUUACAAUUUCUCAAAUUUUUGGAGCCAAAUUACUGGAAUAUUGAAGAAGUAACAGUUCCAUGGAAAGUAGGUGAAGAACAGUUGCUUGUAUUCAAUGACAUUUUCAAUUACCAAAUUGAUAUUAAUGAUUAUCGAGAUUUUGUGGAAAACGUUUUUAAAAAUUCCGGGAACUAUGCCAUUCCUGAAAGUGUUCAAAGAGCUAAAAAUAUUGUCAGAACAAUUGCUGUAAGUUCAGCAGAAGCGGAAACGGGUUUUUCAAACAUGAACAUAAUAUGUUCAGAGAAGAGAAGUCACCUAGCUGUUUCUAAUAUAUCAAACGUAAUGACUCUUAGUCUAAUCGGCCUACCUCUAAAGGAAUGGGAUCCUACUCCUACAGUGGAAAAAUGGUUAAAGAUCAAUCACAUGGCCGACGAUGCUCAAGUAAAAAUGAAGAAAAUUGCAAGUGAGGACGCCAAUCGAAGAGCAAUAUGGAAAUAUCUUAGGUAACAGUUCUAUUAGUUUUUGUCAGGUAUUAUGUAAUCGUUUUUCAUUAAUAUUUUAAAACCCUUGUAAUAAAAUCUGUUUUUCUGUACUUCUUUUAUUCUUAUUUAAGUGUCAACCUUGAAGUGAACAUAACUGAGGACAUUUUGGAGGCUUUAGGGUUGACACACAACAGAGGGACGGGGGAAAUCAGAGGUGGGCUGUCACAAGUUCAGACCGGUUUGGGAGAACCGUUAGCGGAAAUUUGGCAUGGUUCCCCAAACUGGUAGUGUCCUCUGGUUGGCCGCGCCCUUGAACCAGUCCCCGUUCACUCACCCCCCCACCUGAUGCUCCCUCACCCUAUUUGCCCACUCGCCCCACCCAGGCACUACUUGCAGAAUCUAGCCGCUGCUGGCAAAGGUAAGGCUGAAAGGCAUGGGCCGGUGGGCGGGCAGGGGAGGAAGAGCUGGUGGAGGAGUGAUACCACUGGCGGGUGGUGGACUGAUGCAUGUGGGGAGGGAGGGGAGAUCAUGGCACCAGAGCUGGCCUGCGAGGGAAGCAUGUGGGAGAUCCUAGCUGCAGUUUACUUGUGACCAACAUUGGCUGGGAGAGGCAGGGAGAAAGGCCAAUGGCGCUCAGGAGUAAACUGAGGCUCCUCCCUGCUCACAACAUCUUCACCUGAGGGCAUCGCUGGCAGCCGUGUUCUUCCCGCUGCUGCUCAGCCUCCUCGAUGCACGGAGGCAGGAGGUGGAGGUUUCUUUUGCUCCCCGCUGGCUGCCUCUAAUCUGCAGUUUACUCGUGAGCAAGUUUACUCGUGACCAUGGUGCUCACGAGUAAACUGCAGACCACAGGAAGUUGGCAAAUCGCUGGCUUACUUGCUCUGCUGCUCGCCUGCAGAGCGCAGACUGGCAGCUCCAAGUUGUCUCUCAGCCGUUGCGUGCAGGGAAAAACCUUGCAAAGUAAAGAAAA